AUGGCAUCUAAUUUAAUUGGGCAAAUCGUAUUUCCUCCCGAUGUUCAUGGUUACAGAGUGUGGGAGGAUCCAUCUUUCAUCAAGUGGAGAAAAAGAGACCCCCACGUGACUUUGCAUUGCCAUGAUUCAAUUGAAGGAUCACUUAGGUACUGGUAUGAUCGCAGCAAAGUGGACUUCCUGGUUUCCAAGUCUGCUACUUGGAAUGAUGAUGCUGUUCUUGGAGCUCUUGAUUGUGCUGCAUUUUGGGUCAAGGGCUUGCCCUUUGUUAAGUCAAUGUCUGGAUAUUGGAAGUUUUACUUGGCCUCGAGUCCUACUAGUGUCCCGAUAAAAUUUUAUGAAAGUGAUUUCCAGGACUCAGAGUGGACCACUUUGCCUGUUCCUUCAAAUUGGCAGCUGCAUGGGUUUGACCGCCCUAUAUAUACAAAUAUAGAUUAUCCAUUUCCAAUGGAUCCUCCUUUUGUUCCUACAGAGAAUCCUACAGGUUGCUACAGGAUUGAGUUCCACAUUCCUCAAGAGUGGGAGGAUCUUAAGAAUGUUCUAGCUGUUCAAGUAUUUAGAUGGAGCGAUGGCUCUUAUCUUGAAGAUCAGGACCAUUGGUGGUUAUCUGGCAUCCACCGUGAUGUGCUUCUUCUAGCAAAGCCUAAGGUAUUUAUUGCAGACUAUUUUUUCAAAUCAAACCUUGCUGAAGAUUUUUCUUAUGCAGAGAUACUG